CUUAAGAGGACAAAACUUUUAGUGCAGCAGCAGCUGUGUAUAGUUGUUAUCAGGACUUUAACUGGAGAUGAAGAUGUUGCUGCCACUCCUGCUCUUCGUACUCGUUUCCCAGCAUGCCCUGGCUCCAUUGGUGGAGGUGUAUGAGGGGGAAAUAUCUGUCCCGUUGCUUUGCAAGUACUCAGGUUUUAUACCUGAGGACAAUCCCACAGUGCUGUGGACUCGCAAUGAUCUCAACCCCAAAUCUGUCCACCUACGUCGAGAGGAAACGGAUGAUCUUAAAGGGCAAAACCAGCAUUACAGAGGGCGCACAUCAAUGAGGCUCAAUGCUCUGGACACUUUAGACUUCAGCCUCACUCUGAGAAACCCCCAAAUGACUGAUAGCGGCAACUACACCUGCUCCAUUGGAAAUGAAAGGGAGGAACUGAAAGUGACAGACAUACAGCUGCAUGUCAAAGACCAGGAACUGAAGGUGAAGGUUAUUGAAGGAUCAGAGUCUGUCAUCCUGCCCUGCAAAACUAAACAUGACCUACCUAAAAACACAAGUGUGGAGUGGAUGAGAUUGAACAGAGAAACCAGGAUGGUCCAUGGAUAUUCAAAUGGAAGUGACCAACUUAAGAACCAGGACGACCUUUACUGUGGUCGCACAAAGAUGAACAAAGACCUGCUGAGAACUGGAGACCUCAGUCUGACCCUGGAAUACCCCACAGAGAGAGACAGUGGAGGAUACAUCUGCACCAUCUACAGGGACAAAGACAUCCAGAAGCAGAAAGUAGUGCUGCAGGUCAAAGAACGGUUUCCAUCCUGGGCCACAGCUCUCCUGGUUUUCUUGGGUGUUGUCCUGGUCCUUGUUGUAGUCGUUUCUGGAGCUCUUUUAUUUCAUUUCCGGCACUAUUUCAUAUCACUUUUUAUGGUAAAGGUGGAGGUGGAGGAGGGGGCGGAGUCUGUCCAGCUGCCCUUCAAAACCACAAAAAACCUGUCGGGGGAAAUUCAAGUGAUAUGGGAACGUUAUGAGCCGUUCCAGAAGGCCCAUGUGUUUACAAACGGCCCAAACCAAUAUGAAGAACAGCACGAGGUUUACAGAGGCCGAACUGUGAUGAACAAAGACCUGCUGAAAACUGGAGACUUCAGUCUGACCCUGAAACAGCCCACAGAGAGAGACAGUGGAGAGUACAAGUGUUUGGUCUGGAGGAAGGGAACCUUCAUCAGAAAGAAAACUGUGAAGCUCAAAGUCAAAGGGAGAGUUCAGGUCCAGGAUCAAACAGGGGACAUCAGGAACAGCAGCAGCGCCAUUGAUCCGAUGACUCUGAUAGCUGAUCAAUCAGUUUGAUCUGUGUGUUCUUUGAUUGUUGAUCAGUGAUGUCAGCCAAUCAGCAUGAUCACAUGACCAUGGUAAUGAUUUUUGUUCUCACUUAUUUUGCAUUUUUUAUUGUAAAUUUGGAUUUAAUCUAAAUUACUAUUAUAAUAAUUAUUGUUCGAUGAGUUCAACCUCCGUCACUCUGACCUUUAAACUUUAUCUGCAUUUUGGGGUUUUGCUGUGUCAGCGUUGUACUACAGAAACACAGUUUCUACUUUUAAGUCCAGUUUCCUGGUGUUGGUGUUCAUAUGUGGUGCAGCCCCCUCCACCCAUCCUGUUUCCUGAUCUGUCUGCAUCCUGUCAGCAAAUCUAUCCUGGACUUUGUCGGAUCAGCUGUUGUGCUUUCUGUUCCCAUAUUCCUCGUCUCUGUCUCACCAUCUUUAUCCCUGUCUGGACUUUAAUUAUCAGCUUUAAACAAAGCUUCUGCUUUACUCGUCUUUCUUCACUGGACUGUUAGACAGAGUCAUGUGAGCUGCACAGGGACUACACAUGGAAAAGAGCAGCCUAGCUUGAGCCCAAUUGGUUUCCAUCUUCUGUUUUUAGACUGAUUAUUAUCUGUUAACACACAAAAUAAAAUCAUCUGGCUGACCUUUAA